AUGGCUGUCGGGCAGGCGCGCGCCAGUAUUAUCUCUCCCUCAUCCUCCCCACUCCCGUUUUCUCUAAACUAAACAAGCAAAAAUCAGAAGCAGAAUCAUAAUAAUACUACCACUAAUCGCCAUAUUUUAAUCAGAGAGACGGGCUGGUGAGGUUGACCUGUUAUUAAUUCCAAUAUCCCGUACGCAGCAACAAUUAAAUAAAUAAAAAGUUAAAAACCCAUUCGUUGUUGAGUGCUACUGCUAUCCAUCUUGUCUAACCCCAACAAGAAAUCCAGACUCUGAUUGCAAUCAUGCCUGAGAAAAUAACAGCGGAAAAAUUUAUCAACAAUCUAGUAGAAACUUUUGCUGAUACUGUUCCAAAGAAGAAAUCUGUGUCAUUUUUUGAGGAAGAAAACAAAUCUGUCACUUCUCGUUUCAAUCGUCUAUUUGGGCGACAGAAGCCUAUCCACCAUCUUUUGGGAGGUGGAAAAUCUGCCGAUGUUCUCUUAUGGAGGAACAAGAAGAUCUCCGCUGGUGUUUUAAUUGGGGCAACAGCCAUCUGGGUGCUCUUUGAAUUGCUUAAUUACAAUUUCUUGUCUCUUGUAUGCUAUGCUGUGGUUCUCGGUAUGCUUGCGCAAUUUGUUUGGACAAAUGCUUCAGGCCUAAUCAACAGGGCUCCAUCUCAGGUCCCCCGCCUUGUACUACCUAAAGAUAUAUUUGUCAGCAUCGGCAGAUCAAUUGGUUCUGAGGUUAACCGUGAUUUGCAGUUUCUUCAGGAUGUGUCAUGUGGAGGAAACUUGAAAAAGUUUCUUGUGGUUGUAGCAAGCUUGUUGGUUGCUGCAAUUAUUGGGAGCUGGUGCAACUUUCUAACUGUUAUAUAUAUUGGUUUUGUCGCUGCCCAUACAUUGCCUGUCCUGUAUGAGAGAUAUGAUGAUGAAGUUGACGACUUUGUGCACAUGGCAUUGGAUCAGCUCCAAUAUAACUACCGUAAGCUUGAUGCCGGAUUCCUCAGUAAGAUCCCCAAAGGAAAAUUCAAGGGAAAGAAGCACGAAUAGAUUCACUUAGUGAUGUAUCAGUGAAUUUGGUAGCUGUCCUAGCAAAUUUACGUGCUGGUGUCGAGUAAAUCAUUGAUGUAGUAUGCCAUGUUGUUAACUUAAAUCUGCCAGAGAAUGUUGAUAUGGUCAGCCUGUGAAUUCAUGAUGUUUUAAAGGAGUAUAAUUUGGCCAA